UGUUUCCCGGUUUGCCCCCAAAUUCCUCUGCCCCAAAUGGAACCCUCUGCCUCCGCCACCAUCAACACGUCUCUCGACCUCAAUUUCAAUCCUCCGCCGCCCACCGCCGACGAUUCUCCGGCGAAUCACACUAUUUACAGUUCACUCAAAGAAGAUCAGGCGGCGGGUGUUCUUGUGGAGAAAUUGAAUCGGAUAAGUUCGGAGAAUGCGAAGCUGAAUCAGAUUAUAGGGCUUGUGGUGGAGAAUUACAGUGUUCUGCGAAAUCAGGUGUCGGAUUUGAUGAUAAAAUCGAGAUCGAAGCGAAAGGCCGGAUGCGAUAACUGCAAUUCGAAUCGGAGCGGUAAUAAUAGUAAUGUUUUUACGGAUCAGUACUGCGGAUGUUGCAGCGACGACGAUUCGUGUUAUAAAAGGCCUAGAGAAAACAGUAAGCCCAAGGUUAAACGAGUUCUGGUUCCCACGCCGCUAUCUGAUUCAACUCUGGUGGUGAAGGAUGGAUAUCAAUGGAGGAAAUAUGGUCAAAAGGUGACUAAAGACAACCCCUCCCCUAGAGCUUACUAUAAGUGCUCCUUUGCCCCCAGCUGCCCCGUCAAAAAGAAGGUGCAAAGGAGUGCUCAAGACCCAUCAUUUUUAGUGGCUACAUACGAAGGAGAGCACAAUCACAUGCAACCCAAUUCUGGAAUUGAGUAUCAAUUGGUUGGACCAAUUCAAUUGGGUUCAAAUAAGCUGGAAUCUUCUGUUUUAUCUCCACCGUCCAUGAGAUCCCCCUCAUCAUCUUCUGUUGACACUCUCAAAGCUUCACUUCCAUCAACCCCACAAAUUCUAGUUCAACAAAUGGCUUCCUUCCUGACCAGAGACCCCAAUUUCACUACAGCCCUUGCCACUGCCAUUACUGGAACCAUGGUAGAUAAAGAAAUCUGGCGAUAACUAAUUAAUUAAUAUGUUCUUCGUUGGAGUAUAUAYUUUUUGUACAAUAAAGGAAAAGCUUCAAUUCUCCCCUCUUUUAGAGAGGAUUGAAACUUGAGAGUGUGAGUGACGACGUGUAAAUUUGGCAUAAUAAUUACUUUUGAGGUCACACACUCUCAUCAUGAACUUAUAAUUUUGUGGUAUUGGGUUGGAUUUGUAGUUUACAUUUUUUUGCUAGGGAGUGAGUGGAUGUAUAUUGGACGCAGUUUUUUUUUUUUUAAUACCAUAUUGCAUGUAGUUUUAUA